UCAGUCAGUCACUCUAGCGUCAGUGCAUUUAAAAGUUGUGCUUUUUGCCCCUUUCAAUCGGCAACCCUACUAGAAGAAUCGAAUCGCGAUUCGGGAAAGAAAAUUCUGGACGUACGAAUCGCCCCGGAGUUGCGGCCGGAAAAAAAAUCAACGAACCACCCAAAAACCAGCGAACCGAGGACGGUGGUGAUAAGACGGGUGCUUCUAUCAGCAGACGACGGGUGACGACGUAUUUCGGAAGACGUUUUUAGCGACCAGUCAGCGAACUUGCAAAAAACUGCGGUCGUGGCCCUCCAGAAAAAGCUACAAGAAAAAGAGCGGACCCCAGAUAAUCUGGCUAAUCAACCAGGAUGGGUCUAAAGUUUCUACUCUUUACCAACCAGCAGCAACACCGGAGCUCCCAUGGUCGAAAAAUCAUGGAGGGAUCGGGCGACGGUUCUCCGCAAUCGUCAAUGUGCAUGGUGAAGGCGGCCGAGCUAUUCCCCAAGCCGGUUCUCGAGAAGGAAGAAGAAAGCUUAACCGCACGCUUCACGUACCUGGACGGUGAAUCGGUACGAUACCUCGGCCAGACUGAUGACGGUAUCCUAGCCCUGUCCAACUACAGACUGUUCCUGCAGAAGAGCAGCACCGGCGCGGAGGUGUCCGUCCCGCUCGGGCUGAUCGAAUCGACGCAGGUGCGCGAUCUGUUCCAUCUGAUCGUCAACUGCAAGGAUGCCAGCACCGUGAAAUGUUCAUUCUCCACAUCAGAACAGUGCAGCGAGUGGCAUCGACGAAUAUCGCUGUCGAUCGGUGUACCGGAAACGCUCGAAGCCCUGUUUGCGUUUCCGUUUCACGCGUGGGCCUCGGAGUCGCCGACGCUUAACCAGGACAACGAGUGGGCCGGUCGGUUGCAGCGUGACGGCUCGCUGGAUGACGACUUCCGGCGGGAAGCGGAAAGGUUGCAGUUCGAUCUGCAGGGUGCGUGGCGCAUCAGCCAGGCGAACGCGGACUUUAAGCUGUGUCCGUCCUACCCGCGGCUGCUGCUGGUGCCGGCCUGCAUUUCCGACGACACGCUCCAAAAUGUGGCCAGCUUUCGGAGCUCGCGUCGCAUUCCGGCCGUGGUUUGGCGCCACCAGCGCACCGGGGCAGUGAUCGCGCGCUGCAGUCAACCGGAGGUCGGGUGGCUCGGGUGGCGCAACUCGAAGGACGAGCAGCUGCUGAAGGCACUCUCGGACGCGUGCUCCUUCGACCGGGGCACGCAGGAUCGGGCCAGCGAUGGGACGCGCCGGACGACAGCGACGACACGCACCCGGCACAGCUCGGAGGCGUCGAGCGAAAACAGUCCGCCGGCGAGCCCCGAGGGUAGCCACGAGGAGGUCGAGAUGGACGAGCCGAAAAAGAUCCUCAUCGUGGACGCACGCUCGUACACGUCGGCCGUCACGAACCGGGCGCGCGGCGGUGGCUGCGAGUGCGCCGAGUACUAUCCGAGCGCCGAGAUACAGUUCAUGAGCCUCGGCAACAUCCACGUGAUACGGAAAAGUUUUCACGCGCUCCGACAGCUGUGCGCCUCGCAGGCGGACAUUCCAAACUGGCUCGGGUUGCUGGAACGCACACUGUGGUUGCAGCAUCUAUCGGGACUGUUGGCCGCGUCGAUGGUCGUCUGCCAUGCGAUCGAGCGCAGUGGUCGGCCGGUGCUGGUGCACUGUUCCGAUGGCUGGGACCGCACGCCGCAGAUCGUUGCCACGGCCCAGCUUUGCCUCGAUCCGUACUACCGCACGAUCGAGGGGUUCCGGGUGCUGGUCGAGCGGGAGUGGCUCAACUUUGGCCACAAGUUUGCCGACCGCUGUGGCCACGGGCCGGGAUCGGAUGAGACGAACGAACGGUGCCCCGUGUUUCUGCAGUGGCUCGACUGCGUCCAUCAGAUCCACCGUCAGUUUCCGUGCAGUUUUGAGUUCGACAUGGGCUACCUGAUUAAACUAGCGCAACAUUCGCACUCGUGCCUGUUCGGGACGUUCCUCUGCAACACGGUGAAAGAGCGGCAGGAAAACAGCGUCCCCGAUCGGACGUUCUCCGUGUGGCCGUUCCUGUCGGGGCCGAUCUACAAGAAUCACCUGUACAUGCCGAACCGCGAGCGUGUCCUGUGGCCGGCGCACAACGUACGCGACCUGCGUCUCUGGACCGAGGUGUACCUUGGCAGCUGGGGCGGUGGUCAGCAGCAGGCCAACCCCUCGGAGGACUAUCCGGGAGCGGUUGGGUCCGGCUCUACCAUGACGACGGUUCCGGUCGGCGCCUCGAACGGGGCCGACAAUGCACCGCUCACGGGUGCUGACGUGAACGGCGCAAUAGUAAACGGUACCGCCGCGAACGGUGGUCCCUCUGUCCCGCAAGCUGCAGGCCAGGACGGGCUGAACGGUUCCAUGACAAAAACCCGUUCGUACAGUGAUAUCAAGGAGGCUACCAAUAGUGUGGCUGGUGGCGUUGGUGGCUUGGCACGGCGAUCCAGUGACCCAAGCAUGAGCGUCGAUCCCUCAAGCAUUCUCAGUGGAAGCUCAGGGUGCACGCUCAAGCAGCUGGCUCAGCAGGAGGACAGCUUGACCGAUUCAAACUUCUCUUCCGAUCGCGAAUCCUCGCCUCAGCCUCUAUUGCUCGACGACCACCAUGGUGGUGGCAUGCUGCUACAUCCCGGAUUGACCUCCAGUCUCGCCUCCGCCAGUUCCUUUAGCAUUCAGCACGCUACUCAAAAGUUACAAAGUCUUACCAGAGAACUAAACCAAUCGGACGAGGAGCUCGAAAGCAGCAUCAUUGGGAAGCGCCCCACGAUGGCGACCGAUGGCGAUUUACCUGCCCCACCUUCCACCACUUCUAGUCUCUUUGCGAACGGUGGUGGGCUCGACGGGAUCGUAUCGAUGGCCGCAUCCGCUGCGGCCGCUACCAUUAUCCCCACGGCCACGACCGUCACGGCGACCGAAAGUAGUUACCGCUUCCAGCCGAUUGUUCCCGAACUGCCAACUGUGCCGACGAUCGUGCGCAGAGGCAGUAGCCCACACGACCGUUGCUCCCCAGUUCCGCUCCCAAGUUUGGCACCAGCACCACUGCAACAAAAGCGGCUGUCGGUGGAUGAUAUUGAUGAAAAUACCUCGCGCAUCAUCAAGAUUGAAAAUUACCGUACGACCAUCGGUUACGACAUACCGGACGGUGGUGGUGGUGGUGGCGGCAUCGGCGUUGGUGGCAUUGGAGGACUAGGAAUCCGUACUACGGUGGGACGCCCGGUGACCAACGAGAGUGAUUUGAUGAUGGAGAGUGUCGACCUCAGUUCCUCCGGUGGAAGCAGUUUUGUGGGCGGACCAUUGGCAGCCGAUCCAUUGCUGCUUUCAUGUUCACCGAAUUCUUCAGAAUUACCGUCUGCAUCCGUGACGUUCGAGCAAAGCGCUUGGCAUGGUUCCAUCGAAACCAGCACCGAUACGCUGGUGCCGAUAGAUCAGUAUCAACCACUGACCACCCAAACACUGAGCGAUGUAGCAGACGAAGAAGUGCGGUAUGUUCACGAAAGUCGACGAAAGGAAUCGCUGGACGCAGGUGAACUACGCAGCAGAGAGGGUAGUAUUAGCUUAGCUAGCAGCGGAAGAACCGGUUGUAGUGUGAGGCGUGUCAGCGGGGAAAGGCUGAUGGCGAAUGGCGAAUUUGGAACGACUGUGGCACCAAAGGACGGAUCCUCUGGUGGGGGUAGUUACUAUACGGCAAAAACUCAGACUGAUGAUAGCAAUGGAUGUGAUUUUAAUAGUGAUAGUCAGCAUUACGAUAGGAAAUUAUCAAACCAAUCAUCGUCGCUGUUUACCGCACGGUCGUACAACGCCAGCAGCAGCGCCGCGGUACCGAACGAUCAGCCGGACUAUCUGGCCGAUAAGCACAUUACUGAAGAUCGAACUAGCGGAAGCGAUAGUACAAUGUUGCGAACAACGGCAGCUCACAUCACUAACAGCAGUUCCACUGCUGGCGUUAGCAAGCCGAAAACGAACACGACCCCGUCGGUGCGGCCAACACCUCCCGCGAUGCUAAGCUCGAUGAUGAUGAUGGACGAAAGCAUCUUCAUUCAGCCGCAGUUUCAACAGCUCGAAAUCAAUGGCGUCGGCAAACAUCACCCACCCGCGAAUGCCGACGACGUUUGCCGUGCGGGAUCAAUGUUGCAGCAACAGCAACAAAAGGAACGGCGACGAAGAAACUCAUCCAACUCGAAGGCUGAUCUUAUGAGCCCGAACAAACCAAUCAACGGAAGUAUAUCCCCAAGUGCCACACACUCUCGAUUUUCGACACCGGGCGCACGGUCACUGCCACUGACACCACCGAGUGUACCGUAUGCAGCCGACCGACCGCCCGUUGCCACCUUCUCGUGCCCGGAUGGGUUAGCGCACGCACUGUCCGAACAAAAUCUGCGACUCCAGCAGAUCGUCUACGAACAUCGGCUACGGGAAGAAGCUUUACAACGCGAACUAUACGCCACGCGGCUAGCGUUACUGAAGAAGACCUGUCAGCACUGUUGCAGCAGUGUUCAGCAGCAUUACGGCAAUGAUGAUCCGAUGGUUGAUUCGAUGAACGAAAACGCAUCGAACUGUUCGUGGGAAGCGGUCGAUGACCGUAGUGCUCCAUCGUCCGGGGCGAAUUCAUCGCAGCAGAUGCAGUACAGCAGCAGCGGCGUGGGCAGUACGAGCGUCCUCUGGGUUCCGGACCACGCCGUGACGCGGUGCACCUCGUGCCAAACGGAGUUCAGUCUGUGCCGCCGGAAGCACCACUGCCGCUCGUGCGGACAGAUCUUCUGCGCCGAAUGUUCCGAGUUUUCCGCUCACCUCCCCGACGACCGGUUCUAUCAGCCGGUGCGGCUCUGCGGUCCUUGCUAUCAGCGAAUUUCGAUCAUCACGGCGAUGCCAGCGCCCGUCUCCUCGUCUUCCUCCUCCUCUGGCCAAAUGCAGACUACCACCAGCGGCGCGAUAACGUCGAGCAACGGUACGAUGAACGGUGGAAGCAUCAUCGCUGGCGGAUUCCAGCGAUCCUUCGGGGGGCUACCGCUAGCAAUGGCAUCGGCCAACAGUACUAGCACCGCCGGCAACCCGCUCCAUUCGUUGGUGGCCGAAUGUAAACAUCAUGUCGCCAUCAACGGAGUGGGCGCCGUUGGUGAGGGCAGCAGGGUCGGUGAGAACUGUUGUAAAACCAAUGCAACGGCCACCGCGUCGAAUUAGAAUCGUAACAAGCAGGGCAUUCGCUUCCUGCGUCCCUAAAUACGCGUGCGAAUAUGUGAUCGUGGCUGCGACAUGCCAAACCGUGGGGUGACGGGGAUACAAGGGAUACAGGAAGAAACACGGGAACACACACAGACAAACCAACUAUCGGGGACGGGAUUCUUGCAGAAUAGUGUCGUUAAUCUUUUACUUAUUUUAUUACUCUCUUUUAUGACAAACUCAUACCGCUGUGCAUAACGUGCAUCAUCACCAGGUGGCGCCGUUUGGGUUUUGCUACACCACAAUGUACGUUCUUUGUUGUUCACUUUUUAGCUAUAAUAAGUUAACGGAAAGAGAAAUACAGCCACCGGGUUGUUGCUAUUUUUGCUGUGUUGUAACACUCGCUCGAGCGUAACUUUAUUGUACGUUUGAUAUCGGAGCCUAUUUUACGGAUUGGGGUGGAGUGCAGGGCAGACUAUGAUCAUACAAAGAGAAGUGCACAUGUGUAAAUUGCAUCGAAGUUCACCUAGGGUUACCGCGAUACCUUGACAACAGUACUACCUAAUACUACUACCUGCAUGCUGUUUGUGAUUCAGUUAGGGUGAAGGAAGCAGUUGCCGGCGGCGUAUGUUGUUACUUUUGACCGUUUUGAUUAGAACAUCAUCAAUCACCAAAACAAGAGCGAAAGCCACGCUGCUGCUACAGGGUCUGCGGUCCGCGUUUGCAACACCGGCAGGGGAUUUAUCGAGUUUUAAAGCGAAUGUAUCUGGAGCGAGAUAGAUAUGAACUGUUGUUGUGUAAAUCACUCCGCCGGGGAACGUGUUGAAAUCUUCUACUUCUGAGAUGUUAUAUCACUAAGCUACGGUGUGUUUCAAAGAAAAUGGGCCAUUGUUGGCCCUUCGUUCAGGGGCUCACAGAGGUGACUGAAUAAAAACUGAUCUAUUUUAAAGGGAAAUACAGAGGGAAUCAAUGUCCAUGUUAGCUAAGACAUUGAGCAGUCUCGCAUCAUAGACAUAGUCACUGGGUCAGAGUCAAAGAGAUCGAUUUUUGUAUUCCCAAAAGCUACACAUUCGUCACUAGCAGCGCCCCAAACACAGUCCCGCGCCGAGCAGCAACAGGAGACAUUAAAACGGCAUCAUAUUUAGCACCAGCGAAAAAAAAUGCGCUUGAGAGUGGCGCGCCGCAAAACGAAACCAACAAACAAACAAAAACCUAUACCGAAAGCAAUGCAUACAAUAGAGAGAUACUGAUAUUAUUCAGCAUAGCUAACGAACGCAAAAAGGGUAAUUAAUAUAAUGAUUCAAAAACAGAAAAUAACAGAUUAGAUUGUGGACAUGAAAAUAUAUAUGCUUGUAUAUUAGUAACUUAAAUGGAACAGGGCAAAAAAUACACGCUAACUUAUAACCGGUUUUGCAACCGCCUAGUAGUGCGCGCGCGAUACGACUACAGCGACGAACUUAGAGCAGGUUAGCGGCAGCAGGAACUAGUAACGUGUAAUACUACGCGAUCAAAGUUAGAAAAUAGCCAUCACCUUUUAGGCUGGAACAGUAAAUCCGUGUUUUAUUUUUCACGUCAUGCCCACAGCGUCAUGGCCAAUUCCGGCAAUUCUACACUGUGUUGCACCUUAGCGCCUCUCAGAUUUAAGUACUUUUACACAAUUGAAUUAUAAACAAUGGGAACCAUUCAGAUUAGUGUCACCGCCGAAGGUGUGGAGAACGACAACACUGCAGCGGUGUUAAAAGUUUCAACACACCGCCCCCCCCCAGCAUCACUAUCGGUAGUGUAAUAGUUGUAACGCAACCACAAAAUAGUGAAAU